AUGAAGAUACCGCCUGCCAUGUGUGGGAUUCCAGGGUUGUUUAGCAAACUCUUGAUCCUGCAUGUGGGCUUCUGGAGCAUCCUUGGUGAAGAGCCAUGUCAAGUACAAGUUACCGUUCCCAGGCAUUCAGAAUAUGCCACAGUGGGAGAGUCCUUUAAAAUGGAAUGUCCUGUGACAUAUUGUGCUCAGAGACCUAAUGUGACUUGGUGCAAGUACAGUGGAAAAAACUGUUUACCUCUUGAGAUUGGACCUCAGCAACAUACUGGUUGGGAAGACAAGGACCAUGGUUCAGUUUUUACUCUACAUUUUGAACCAGUAUAUCUCAGUGACAAUGGGUCGUAUGGUUGUUCUGUAAACUUUACUUCUCUGGUUAUUAAUAGCAACAUAAUAGCCCUCCGUGUGAAAGAAAGGACUCAAAAUGAUUCAGAACACCAUCUAACAACAGUGUCUGAUAUCCCAGGUGCCACCAAUGCCUCAGGACCACCCACCAUGGAAGAGAGGGGGAGCAGGACCUGGCUGCUUUACAGCUUGCUUCCUGUGGUGGCACUGCUUUUGCUGCUUGCCUGUUUCUGCCUGGUCUGUUUCCUGAAAAGGCACCAAGGGAAAGGAAAGAAGAAUUCUGACUCAGCAGGAAAGGAAAUUAACCUGGUUGAUAUUGCAGUGAGUCCCAGGGAAAAUUCCCAAACACUGCCCUCAGAAACUGCCAUUUAUGAUAAUGAUCCCUGCUCAGGUGGGCAGGAAAGUUCUGAAUCCACAACUAAUUCACAAUCGGAGGGAAACAAACAGGGCAUUGUGUAUGCUUCCCUGAAACAUUCGAUUAUGGGAAGGAAUCCAAGACAGUCAAGCAACAUGCAAGAGGCACCCACAGAGUAUGCGUCCAUUUGUAGGAGAAGUUAA